AUGAUUCUGCUGCUGCUCUUUGGGCCACUUUCUUGUCAAUUUGCCUUCCUUUCUUUCUGGUACAGAGGGGGAAGUGGCUAGGAGCGGAGAGCGGGUAUGUUUCAGAGCUAUUCUUCUGAACCACGUGGCAGAUUCAGCAGGGCAGACUCCAAACUGUUGCCUUUUUUCCACCCAGAAAUCAAUUUUGCAUUUUUUGUUGAUUUCCUUGUUGCAGGCUUUGGCAAAUCCAAAUGAUUUCCAAACGUUUUAUUUCUUUUGCUGCUGUGGCUGCUGCUACUGCUGCUGGGGGUUAGAGCAAGGGAUUAAUUAUUUGCUUCUCCUUCAAUGUGUAAUUCAGGGAUAGGGAGAAGGUCAGGCCUGGUCACCUGACAUUGUGAAUCCUGUCAAUUCUGGCCACUCUGGAGGGGGUUUGUUGCAUUUCCUCCUGCCCCGCUCCCUGCCCUGUCUUUUCUUUAGCCUUCUCCUCUUUCCCUAGCACUCUGUUUUGCUCACACACAAUCCUUGCCAUGAAUUCACAAGCAGCUUCAGGACACAUCUGGCUGAUUUUCUUUUUCUUUACCAGCUCAGCAAAAGGGAACUUAGAGAUACCAUCUUUCCAGCCUGGAAUCCUCUAUCAAUACCGCUACACACUGGAGGUGCAGCUAGAUUAUGUCUCAAGGUUGUCCUUGCAAGGAAGUCAGAUGCAGGCUGAAGCUUUGGUUCAGGUGCACCUGCUCUGGAGAAAUCAUGCAGGGGAGCAGCUUCUACAGAUCCAGAUCCAAGACCUAAAAGUCUACCAUGAUUCAAAACACGAGAAGAUUCAGAAUGUUACUGGAGACCCAUCCACUGAGGUUGUACUGGGCAAAGAGGACACCGCAGAGCUUCAGCUGCCAGUUUUCCUCCACUGGAAUAAUGGGAAGGUAGAAGGCAUCUAUGGAGAUAGUGGAGGAAGAUCCCAGAUUUUGAAUCUGAAACGGGGCCUCAUCAGUCUUCUCCAAUUCCAGCCACAUUCUGGGACAGCAACUGAGGAGGAUGUUUCUGGGAGCUGUCAAGUCACAUAUGUUGUUUCCAAGGAUUCCAUUGUAAAGACAAAAGAUCUGCAAAGCUGUACAAGGCCAAAGUUUGGAUUCACCUCCGUUAACAAAGCAAGUCCAUUCCUACGUUGGUGGUGGUGGAUUUUUGGAGUUCUGUGGCAACCCACCAGCAAUAGCUUUUACUCUGUACACAGAAGUCUCAUCCAGUCAGUGCUGUCGGAGGAAAGCUACGUGGUCUCUCCAACCUUGAAGUCCUCCACUGGCACCAAGAUCACGUCAAGACAGCAGCUUAAACUUGUGUCUUCUUCAAUGCCUGGCCCUGCAGAGACUCUUGGAGAAAGCCUUCAGGAAGCUCUGGCUGGCAUACUGGAAAAGCACCAGCCUCUAAGCACAAUUAGUGAACUCUUCAAGAGGACCUGCAUGCAGUGCCCAUCCCUGAAAACAUAUUUGAGGACUCUUGGUAACAGGAGGGUCAAAAUGGAUGUCUCCAAGGUGUCGACAACCUGGCAGUUCCACAGGUUCAUCCAGAUGCUGCGUGGUGCCAAGAAGAGGGACGUCCUCCAGCUGCUGAGGAAAGCUCCGGAGAAGAUGGUUACCUUCUUCAUAGAUGCUGCAGUUGCUGCCCAAUCAACAGCUUCCUUGGCAGCUCUCUCUGAAUUUCUGGAUUUUAGCAGCCAAGGGCAAGUACCCCUGCUAGAGCAGUUUCUUUAUGCUGCAGCCUUCUCUCCUCAGCCCUCAAAAGAACUUCUGCGCCUGGUGCUAGACAAGCUGAAUGGAAAGGAGUUAGACCCUGCCAUCUGGGAAACAGGGAUAAUUGUCAUUGGCUGUCUUGUUGGCAAACUGUGCCGGAUGAAGCUGUGUGGAUUGCAGGAAGUAGGACUUGGAAUGGAAACUGUUCUGAGAAGACUAAGAGACACCAAGGAGAAUUCUGAGAUAAUCAUUUACCUGUUGUCCCUGCAGAAUGCCCUGCUCCCAGAAACCAUUCCUACCCUCCUGCAUUAUGCAGAGGAAGGGUCUGCAGGGGUCUCAGGUACAGCAGUAUCUGCCCUACAAAGGUUCUCCUCUCAGCAUAUCACUGGUGAGGUGAAAAAGGCAAUGAGGAGGAUUUUCCAUCAGAAAAGCAGAAACUAUGAAAAAACCUCUCGACUGGCUGCUGCUGAAAUUCUGUUGGACAAUGAGCCUUUGCCCAUGGACCUCACCAAUAUCUUGCUGGCCACCAGAGAGCUGGAAGCCGAAAUGUCAAAAUUUUUACUUUCGAAAAUCCAGACUAGUUUACAUUCUCACCAUCACCCAGCCAGGAAAGCAAUGAAAGAAAUUCUGAAAGAUCCACAGAUCAAUAAUUACAACUACCUCUCCAAAGCUGGCAGUUCCUCUUCUUUCUCAGGACCCUUGGCAGUCACUGAUGACAUGCUAUCCACUUUCAGUCUGGAGCUGCUAUUCACUGAGAGUGGUCUUCUGAGGAAGAGUGUCUCAGGGUUCAUGCUGCGAAGCCAUGGCCACCAGCUUCAGGCAGCUCAGGUCUCUAUUGAAGCCAAGGGGUUGGAAUCUGUGCUGGGAGAGAGUAACCCUGAAGAAGAGGAGGAGCAGGAGCUCAUGGCUGGGAUGUCUGCCAUUUUCUUUGAUGUCCAGUUACGGCCAAUUGUUUUCUUCCAAGGGUAUACAGACUUAAUGGCCAAGGUCCUCUUAAGCAGCGGAGAGCCAACCAGUGUGGUCAAAGGGACUGUCCUGCUGAUGGAUCAUGAACAGGCAAUUCCACUUCAGUCUGGACUGCAAACAGUGAUUAAACUUCAGGGGGCACUUGGGUUAGAUAUUUCAGCCAACAUUGAUAUAAAUUUAUGGGAGCAAGAAUCAAGAACCAGCGUCAAAACAAGGGGUGGACUGGCCAUUGAUUUCACAACAGAAAUCGAUGCCCCUUUCUUUCAAGCCACUGUGAAAAGCCAGACAGAGGCCGAAGCCUCAAUCAAUUUUGAUACAUCAGUGAGAUUUUCUGGGAAUCCUGUGCUCAUGUGUCUUCAGCUAAGGGAGGAGCAGCUCCCUUACAGAGAAAUCUUUACAAUCUCUGAAUCUUCACCAAACCAAAGCAUCACUGUUCGCAAGGGAAGACGGGGCACUAUUGCUGGACGCGAGCUUUCCUUGCACAGGGCCAACUCCGAGAUGUGCAAGAUCCUGUUGACGGAGGCAAAGGAGCAGUAGAGGAAUCAAUGUGUCCUGGAUCUGGAUUUAUCAUUCCUUUCUUUUCCUUGGUCCCACAUUUCUCAGUGAGCUGCAUCCAUGAGCCAGGCCCAGGACUGAUGUGGGCAGCCCAGAACCCUUUCUAGUUCCCACAAGAGUCUGCUUUUUACUGACUGUAUUAAAAACAAGUGUCCCUAUUGCAAGAGAACACGUUGAAAUCAGGGUGCCAAACAUGGUUGGGACAUGAAUCCCUAGAGUCUAUCAAAGCAAGUCCCUUGUAAAGGGCCAGCUCUGGGAUGUGCAAGAUCCUGUUGGCACGGUCAAAGGAACAGCAGAAUUAACAUGUUCUGGGUCUGGCCUUGAGAAUCCUUAAGACACCAAGAAAGGAGAGAGGUAGAUUUUUCACAAUCAUGUACCCUUCCCUAUGAUGGUUAUUCUCCAUAUGGGAUGGUCCCUUAGAAGCAAAACUGGGCCACGAUAAACCUCACAGCUAAGAUCCCUGGCUUUGAGAGUUACAAGGUGAAUUUCAGGCAGUCUUAAGAAAGUGUUCUGAGAGAAGAUACCCAGAAUGGCAUGUUAAUCACACAUUUCUCCCCACUCAUCUGAGUAACCACCAGGGGUGAAAGGAGCCAGUACGGAACUGCACUUUAAUGUCCGUGACCCUUUUGCCUCCUCUGUCGGGGGCCCUGCCAGUAGGGUCUGUACUGGCAGGGCCACCAAUGGUGGGGGGGGGGGGCAGCAACAUUUAAGCACUUCUAUGUCAAAGGACCCUGCAGCGCUUUAACGUCCCUGCCCCUUUUGCCCCUCCAGCCAUUGAUGGGUUGGGGGGCAAAUGGAGCAGCUGCCCUGGGGCCAGCAAUUUAAAAGGGCCCAGGGGUCCGGUCGCUGCUGCCCCUACCGUAGCAGCGGUGUCCAGAGCUCCCGGCCCUUUAAAUCAACACAGGAGCCCCAGGCAGCGCAGUCCAAGGGCUGGCUGAGGGAUGCUGAGCCUCCCAGCCCCGCCCCUUCCACCUGAGGCCCCGCCCCUUCCAGGGGCCAGAGUCACCCCCCGUGCCGAUAAGUGUCCUCAGUUACUUUCACCCCUAGUAACCACAAUCAAGUGAGGUCUCCCAGAGCGUCUGGUCAGAACUUCCCAUGGCUGAGGAAGUGAAUGGAAUCCAGUGUUGCGUGAUUUGGUGACUGUAAUAGCAUGCCAUGCAUGUGGAAAGGGUAGCUUGAUUUUCUGGGAUACUUGAUUUUUGAAAAAAAAACAGUGAGACAAAAAAAGCUGCUUAAUCUGUCAGCAAUUAUGUACCUUCCUUUUGGUAUAAUUAGAAGUGUUUGUAUCUGAAUAGGAGUUCGUCUCAGUUCCCUCACAACUUGAACUUCUGCUUGAUCCUCCAGUGAGUUCAUGCUCUUUUGCCAGGGAAAUGACUGAUAUCAGAAAUCCAGAAAGAGAAGAUGAUGCUGGAAGUGGCUAAUCCUUUGUUUAAAUAGGGCAAAUUUACCUCUAACAUAACUUCUAAUUUUAGGGGUUAGAUGGAUGAAUUUGACCCACACAAUUUUCAGUAUUAGCAAGAAUAAUUAAACACAUUAUGGAAAACUAAUGUGAAGGUAAAUAGGGUUCUGCUUAAGUACGGUGUGUGUGUGUGUAUAUAUAUAUAUAUAUAUAUAUAUAUAUAAUGGCAAUUUUUCCCUUGGCAAGACUCCUCUUUUAAGGGAAUGAAAGUCCACUAGGGAUAUUACUUUUCAUUUCACCAAUACAACACAAGUGGAACAGUGGAACCACUGCUGGGGCAGAGUGUCCAGUUCUGGUUUUCAUGCUUUAAAACAGGUGUUGAAAAAUUAGAGAGAAUUCAAAGAAGAGCAACAAGAACAAUUUGAGAUCUGGAAAAUCUAUCUUACAAUGAACAACUGAAGGCAAA